AUGAGCGUCGCCGAGCUCGAGCGAGCGUUCGCCCGUCGAGGUGUGGUGACAGAGUGGCACCGCGGGCAGACAAACGUCUUCUUUCCUGGAGAGACCAGAUUUACUAAGUGCACGGUCCUCUGCCGCGUGGGCGGCCGUGGGAGGGUAUGCGUUGUGCCCGAGUUUGAGGAUGCCCUCGCCGGAGAGCUCAAGGACGCGGGCAUGCAGCAUGAGUUCACGCAAGCCGCCGCCUUCAAAAUACGGCAGAGGCGCGUGCUACUAACGGAUGCCGUGCCGGAUGACAUUGCCGCGCGCGUCUGCCAGGCUGCAUGGACAUCGCGGGCUGCAUCCCCGUAG